AUGCCCUCUCCAGGCGCAAGUUUUGUGUCUCCUGGAGAAAGCAACCUCGCAGCACACCUCGGGAAAGGAUCUCUCUUUGGACAUGGCUUCCAAGUGUCAUUGAGCGACGAUGUAACCUCCAAUGUCUGUGGACCACUUGCGCUGGUAAAUAAGCUUAUCUCUGCGAGACCACUUCGUUCACAGUAUUUGCCGGAGAUCGGUGACGUUGUCUUGGGUCGCGUGUCUGAAGUUUUAGCAAAACGUUGGAAAGUCGAUAUUAACAUCCCCCAUGACGCGGUAUUACAUCUAAGUGCCGUGCAUCUCCCCGAUGGCAUUCAGAGGCGUCGUAACUAUGAUGAUGAGCUUGAUAUGAGGGCUCGCUAUGGCGAUCGCGAUCUCAUAAGCGCGGAAGUACAAGGCUGUUUCUCCGAUGGGUCCGUAGCUCUACACACCCGAAUAUCUGCGUACAGUCGCAAAUUCAACGGGCAGCAUAUUCAAGUACUGCCAACUUUGGUGAAACGAGGCAAACGACAUUUUUGCGACUUUCAGGGGGAAAACUAUGGGUGCACAGAUAUCGAAGUUAUUUAUGGUUGCAACGGCCUAAUUUGGGUUGGGCAAUCAUCAAAGGAAGCUCCUGGACGUUCUUCUUUUGAUGCCGAUACUGCUCGCGUAGACGAAGCACACGAUCGAUUUUCAUAUGUUCAGCGCGCCGUUAGAGAGCUAAUUUGUCGUGUUGCAAACUCAGUACGUGUCUUGGCAGCCCUUGGCAUGGUAGUCGAUCCUCAUAAUAUCAUCGAUGUGUGUCAACAUUCGACAUUUUUGGGCUUGCAGCCGAAAGAUAUGAUGAUCUCUAGUUUCCUAAAUCACCUUGUGCGAGAGCGUGGCUUAGUAUGACAAUUCAACUAAAUGGCCCGGAAAAAAGUUAGUUUCACAUAUGGCAGGCGACCUCGAUGUUCUCGGCCAAGCUCUCUUGAGGUCC